AAGGCAUUCUUCUAGAUUUACAGACAUAUAGUCGAGGAUUUGCGAUACAUGCGAGUUCAGGAUGCUGCCUACAAGGCAGCGUCAUGUCUCUUGAGUACUAUGGAUCUCCUGCUUUUCUCAACUGGGCGGCAAGCUUUUAAUCAAGCAACCCCUUCAACGCUGAGGAAUCUGCCCGUCUCGACAUCUCGUACGACCUCAUGUUCCAUCGUUACUGCAUCAAAGUCGAUUGUGCCGUACAGAUGUGGGAAGACAGGCGCAUCUGCUGCUCCAUCUUUCCAGCCAUCUGGUGGUGCUGUAUCGCCCACAGGCGCGGCGGCCUCAUACCGUACCUCGGAAGUCAGUUUUCCUGGAUCUAUGCGAAGACAGAUCCAAUCCCACGGAUCCUUUGACAUGUAGAAGUUGUUUGCUACGCCAAUGAGGAACUUUGCAUCCUUCGUCAGAUGGAUGAACCCAUCCUGUUCGUAGGUGGGGGGAAAGUAUGGGGUCUGUGUUUGCUUAUGCGAGAGCCAACUAUCUCUUGGGAUCAGGUGAUACAAAGG